CCCAAAGUUAUAAUCUGUGCUAUCAGUGGCAACACUGGCCCCAGCCUUGUAAUAUGGCCGCUGCAGGCAAGAAAUCAAAGAAAAUAAAAUGGAUCAAAGCCGACGCCACAAACUUUAUUGCGGAGUCAACCAACAUCCCAACAGCAAACAAUUGGGCGGACUCCGUAGAUGAUGAACAGAGUUUCGCAUACUCGAGCUCGUCCCGCAAUCGCGGGCCGAUGGUACUGCCGUCAGCAUCGCGUGCAGCACGUGGAGGUCUGGCUGUGGACGAUGAGUCCAUACCGCGGCGCCCACCCUACAUCGCUCAUAUAUCAAACCUGCCCUAUGAUGUCGAAGAAAGUGCCAUCAUGGAGCUCUUUGCAGGACUCAAGAUCAAUAACUUGAGAUUGCCAAAGGAGGGAGGCCGUCUUAAAGGCUUUGGCGAUGUAGAUUUCGAAGACAGGGAGAGUCUUGUCAAUGCUAUGAACCUGCCAGAUUUGAUAAUCAGCGGAAGGAGACUUAGAAUUGAAGUAUCGAAUCAGGACAAUGAUCGUCGUAUGGGCAGAAAUAAAUCUGAUCGAGACAGGGAAUAUGACCCCGAGCGUACUAUGGGAGACUGGCGCUCUGGACCUCGGGCCGUGCCUGAACCGACAAGGGGCCGAGAUAGAGAGAGGGAGAGAGACAGAGAUAGGGAAAGGGAAUCAAGCGCCGAUAACCGUCCGGGCGGCUGGCGUGAUGCUGAGCGACCCGAGCCGCCGCGGGCGCCCUACGGUGGUCGGGAUUCAUAUGGACGAGACAGAGAAGGAGGCCGUGAACGCGGCUAUGGCGGACGUGAUGGAUUCCGCACAGCAGAUAGAGACGGAUAUGGAAGUCGCGAGGGACGAGGUUUCGGCGGUCGAGGAUUCGGCGACCGGGAGCGUGAUCGCGACCGCGAUCCGCCCAGAGAAGAUAAACCUCGCGAGCGUCCUAAAUUGAACCUGCUACCUCGCACGGUACCACUUGAGCCGGAGCCCGCGCCUGCACCGCCGGCAUCAGAAGAUCGUCCAACAGCAAAACCUGUGCCCGCUGAGAAAGUCUUCGGCGCCGCCAAGCCAGUCGACACGGCUGCCAAGGAACGUGAAAUAGAGGAACGUCUACGAAAACAAGAAGAGGAAGCUAGAAAAGCUGCUGAAGAAAAGGAGCGUUGGGGACGCAGAAAUGAUCAUUCAGGUGAUCGUCGAGGAGGUCCAAGGCGUGAUGAUCGCGACCGCGGCAGAGAUUCCCGCAGCUACAACCGUGACCGCGCCGACUACUCCCGGGACGAUAGGGACAGACGCGACGGUUCCAGAGACGACAGGGACAAGCGCGACUACUCCAGGGACAAUAGGGAUAGACGGGACUAUUCCAAGGAUGACCGGGACAGGCGGGACUAUUCUAAGGACGAUAGAGACAGGCGCGACUACAAUAAAGAUGACAGGGAUAGGCGCGAUUACAACAGGGACGAUAAAGAAAAGCGCGAUUACAACAGGGAUGAUAGGGAAAAACGCGAUUACAACAGAGAUGAUAGGGAAAAGCGCGAUUACAACAGAGAUGAUAGAGAAAAGCGCGAUUAUAACAGAGAUGACAGGGAAAAGCGCGAUUACAACAGAGAUGACAGGGAAAAGCGCGAUUACAACAGAGAUGACAGGGAAAAGCGCGAUUACAACAGAGAUGACAGGGAAAAACGCGAUUACAACAGAGAUGACAGGGAAAAACGCGAUUACAACAGAGAUGACAGGCGACGCGACUACAACAGAGAGGAUAAUAAGGAUAGAAGAGACUACUCGGGAGAGGACAGGGAUAGGCGGUACAGGGAUGACGGUGACCGCAAGGAUGGAGAUCACGACUCGCGGCGGGACGUCGCCGACCGCCCGCGACAAGAGUCACCCGAAAGACGUGGGGACAACGACAUUCGUAAUGGAAGACGUAGUCGUGAGAGACACGAGGAAGACAGGCCGCUACCCAAGCUUAAGGAACAGGAAAAACCGAACUUUGUCGCAUCAAAUAAAUUCAGCUUCCUGGAGAACGCGGACGACGGCGGCUCCGACUAGAUGAACAAUCACCGGCGCGCUUCAUACAACAGUUUCCGUUUACUGUGACUAGAGUGUAAAGUGUAAAUUAACGAGUAUCAAGUGUCGAUAGUGACGCACUAGGACUAUCAUAGUGCUGCGAAGAACUCAUUAGUAGUUAGUGCGGUGGUGUGGUGUACGUGUGUAUUGGAGCUCAUGCUCGUCUCGCUUCGAGACAGCCCCAGCCUUCACUGUCUCCGCCGUGGAGCUGAGCUCGAUCAGCUUUCAUUCAGUAUUCGAGACCUGUCCAUCGAUAUUUUCGCUCGCAUGUUCCCCAGCUCUGUAUGGGACGCAGUGAAGGCUGGGGCUCCUUAAUAGUAACCGUGUACUGAUUGGUGUAAAUUUUCUAUGGGUUUGUUACAUUGUAAUAAUUAUAAGUGGGUUACAUCAAAAUCGGCUAAGAGCAACUUACUAUGCGAAUUUUUGCUACCAUUUUGCAAUGAACUGAUUGUUACAGGUGCUCUCCGAUUUAUUUUGUGAAUAAUUUGUUUUAGUUGACAUUGUUGUGAUGUUGAUACCAUUUGUGCUGAUUUCACUGUAAUACAUUGCAUUGCCACCAACGGGAAUCCUAUUUUCCUUUAGUCUUAUACUAAAUAUUUAGUCCAUUUAGAAUAUUAUAAGAAUGUUAAUUGUAUUAUUUAUCUUUACACUCAAAAUUCGUGAAAGCAAUCCAAGUGUAACUAAGGCAUUGAAUAGACAGAUCGCGAACAUGCUUUCUGAAAUUUUAGUGCCUUACUACAUACAAAUGAGAAAUAGAAAUUGAAAGUUACUGUAUUAUUUGAAUAAAGAUGGAUCGCAAGGAUCUACCGCUGUUGUCUUCGUGACUUUAUAUUAUAUAUUGUUUGUGUACUUCAAAAUUUGUUUGGUACAUAUUAUUGUCGAAUUGUGAAUUAUAAAUAAAUUACUCUUUUUACAGCCACAAAA